AUGGAAGACACUACAUGGGAGCAGAGACUUCAAGCCCUAACCCAUAUUCUAACCAGCCCCACAACCACACCUCCUCUAUACUCUCAGUUCUUCAUCUCCACACGAAUCCCAUGCUAUCUCAAAUGGGACUAUCCACCUAUCCUCUGCACCAAAGACACAAAGACUUUCCCUUCUCUGCUUCUAAGGUGGGGAUUCUCUCUGUUUCUCAAAAGGGUCUCCAGAUUAGGAUGUCCUGAGACUUCUUGGAGGUCCAAGUGCCCAUACCAACAGCCCCCACCAUUAAUUCUUGCAAAGGGAGUGGAGGAAGCACAGUGGGGUGAUGAACAGAGAAGAGAGUAUGUUAGAAAGAGGCUUAGAAGGAAAAAACUUGUUAGUAAUGUUAACCCUCUGAUUCCUAUUUUAGUUCCCAAUCUUUUAUUGUUUUCACUUCUGCUGUGGAACCCAUUUCCUGAUCUUGAUUCUUGA